AUGGUUCAAAGUGAUUCUCAUUUAGAAGAACACAAUCAACAUUUACAACAACUUCAUUCUCAACAAUUUCAAAUGAAUAACUUACAAAAUAAUAUUCAAGGACAAGUAUAUCAACCUAAUCCAGCUAUUAAUAACUUUCCUUCUCCUCACCAACAACAAUCUUUUCAAAUAUCUUCUGAUAAUAUGGAUUCUUCUUUAUUACCGUCUGCUGACUCUGGUAUAAAACAAGAUGAGCCUUUGACAAAACAAGAUUUGCAACGACUUGAAAAAGUUAUCGAUUUAGUGUUUCCAAGUAAAUCCACAGUCGCAAAAGAUGCUGCUACAAAACUUUUAAAUUCUUUAACCAUUCAAAAUCAGUCGUCAACUUAUACAAAAGAUGAUAACACUACAACUGUUAUUCUUGACCUUCCAAUUCUUCCUGAUCAAACUAAUGAAGUGGAACCAAUAACGUCUCCAUUAGCUUAUCUAUUAAAUCAUACCUUUCCUAAUUCUUUAGUUGAAUUAGUUAGCAAACUUAAUAAGAUGUCCAUAAAUCCUGCAAAUUUGGGUCCUAUGUAUCCAAAUUCUCCUUUUAUUAAUUCAAAUAUAUCUUCACCUAAUAAUCUAUCUUCAGUUGAUCCUUCUGCUAAAACUCCUGGUACUCCAACGAAAGAAUUAUGUAAAAAAUUGAUAAAUGAUUAUUUUACCAAAUUCAACGUCGUUAUUCCUAUCCUUAAUCAUAGAAAAUUUAUGGCUCAAUUUGGUGAUAAAACAAAACAUUCUGAAUUACUUGUUAACGCAACUUUGGCUGUUGCUGCGGCAAGAUACUCUGAUGAUCCUUCAAUUCGAAAAACUCCAAAUAAACCAGGUGGAAUAUUUUUCGACGCCGCAAAGAAAUUGUUAGAUACAAUGUACGAUAAGCCAAAGCUAGAAACUGUUCAAUCAUUAAUUCUAUUAGCUCAUGCUGAAACUAGCGUAUCACGCAUGAAUAGUGGUUCCAUGUUUAUUGGAAUGGCUGUUCAAAUGGCUCAUGCUUUACAUCUUGAACGUGAUGAUACUUCUUUACCUCUAGAAGAGGAUGAAGAGAGACGAAGAUUAUCACGUAUACUUGGUCAAAUUUGGAAAUUUGGUUAUUCAUUUCAACCAAAAGCUUUUCGUGCAAAUUGGAUAGAACAUGCAACUGAUCAAAAAAGUAUGUUAAGACAAAUUCGUUCUGCAUUAGCAAAAUGGUUAAAAGAAUUACCUGAUGAAUUACAAUAUCAAUAUUUACCUACUGAACAACAAAGUCAAAUUCAACUAGCAACAUUUUCUACUUUUACUGCAUAUCAUGAUCCAAAAAUUGAAAUGAGAAAAAAUGGACCAAAUGGACCAAUUAAAACUUGCCAUACUGCGGCUAUAACAAUUACCGACAUCGCUAGAACGACUCGGAAAUUUAAUAAUGAAGCUUUUUGUAACUUUCAUUAUCCUAUCUAUGGCUUAUUACAAUCAACUAUACUUGAAUUGGAUAUUACGAAUGGUACUCGCGGUUAUGAAUCAAAUGUUAAAAGGUCCAUAAUUGAUUCAAUCGAUGAAUUAAGAUUUGCCGCUGAAAGUUCUAAAUUUACUUUAUUUCAAGAAAUGGUUAAAGAAUUAGAAGGUGUAAUGAUGAUAGCUAAUGGAAAAUCUUCUGAUAUUGUGGUUCCAUUUCCUAUCGUUAUGCAAAUGUUGGAGUCUCGAAAUAGUCGUGGUCUAUCAAAUAAUUUUACCAACAAUGAAAAUAUGUCUUUUGGUAAAAAUUUUGAUUUAUCAAAAUCUUCAAUGAACCGCAAAUCUUAUAGUUCUACAUCAUCCAAUUUAUCUGAUGAUUCAAGGAUGGAUGAAACUCAAAAAGUUGUUUAUACUUCUUCAAAUGAACAAUCAACUGAACAAUUAACUGAACAAACAACUAAACAAACUGAACAAACAACUGAACAAACGAUUGAACAAACAAUUGAAC